GGAACCUUCAGCUGUCAGACUUUGGCCAGCUCAGUGCAGGUUUUGUUAGCAAACUAAAGCGAACUGUCCAGCUUUAUUUAAAGUUGUGCAUUCAUUUUCAAAUAGAUUUUUUUAGCGCGUGAGCUGGUUAUUUGUGUGCUAAGGUUGCACGGGAACUAAUUUCUUGGUUUUAAUCGCUGCUAGAUCUUGCACCGCAAGCCAACGAUCCUGAGCGGGUGUAAGAGUAGAUGCAGGGAGGGAGGGAGUAAAAAAAGGCAAAAGUCUUUGUGCUUCCCUUCCCCCUCAUCAAAGCAAAAGGGAAAUGUCUGUAUCAAAAGGAGGUAAGCAACCACCAGGGAAAAAGAAGAACCCUGGGCUGAGGCUGGCCAAAGAAGUAUUUACAUCUCCCUCACCAGCAGCUGCAGCGCCCCCUCGAGAUCUAGACUCAAAAGCUUUUGUCACAAUAGGAGAUCGGAACUUUGUGGUGAAGGCAGAUGACUUGGAGCUGAUUGCAGAGCUGGGGAGGGGAGCGUAUGGAGUGGUGGACAAGAUGAAACAUGUGCCCAGUGGUGUUAUCAUGGCUGUUAAGAGGAUUCGGGCCACGGUCAACACUCUGGAGCAGAAGAGGCUUCUGAUGGACCUGGACAUCUCCAUGAGGACAGUGGAUUGCUUCUUCACAGUGACUUUUUAUGGUGCUCUUUUUAGAGAGGGUGACGUUUGGAUCUGUAUGGAACUGAUGGACACAUCUUUGGAUAAGUUUUAUAAGAAGGUUAUCGAAAAAGGCAAAACCAUUCCCGAGGACAUCUUGGGCAAGAUCACAGUAGCUAUUGUCAAGGCAUUAGAGCAUCUGCACAGAAACCUGUCAGUGAUACACAGAGAUGUGAAGCCCUCCAAUGUUCUGAUCAACACUCAGGGCCAAGUCAAAAUGUGUGACUUUGGCAUUAGUGGGCACCUGGUGGACUCUGUGGCCAAAACAAUGGAUGCAGGCUGCAAGCCCUACAUGGCGCCUGAGCGGAUCAACCCAGACCUAAACCAGAAAGGCUACAGUGUGAAGUCAGACAUAUGGAGUCUUGGUAUCACUAUGAUUGAGCUGGCCAUUUUGAAGUUUCCCUACGACUCAUGGGGGACCCCGUUCCAGCAGCUGAAACAGGUGGUGGAUGAACCAUCUCCACAGUUGCCUGCAGACCGCUUCUCCCCAGAGUUUGUAGACUUCAUCUCCCAGUGCUUAAGAAAGAAGCCAAAUGAAAGACCAGCUUAUACAGAAUUAAUGGAACAUCAAUUUUUCAAACUGCAUGACUCCAAAGAGACAGAUGUGGCCAGUUUUGUCAAGGCCAUCCUGGACCACUGAUGGGCUCCCUCCAGGCUCCACCUCAUCAGCAUGGGCAGGAGCUGUCAGCAAAUGAACCAAUCGCGAUACAUUUCUUUUUUCUCCCCCCCCCCGUUUUAAAUUUCACUGGAAUGACAGACUGUCAUGCACCCACAUACAACAGGGGGAUGACCCAAAGACUGACAACAGCCCAACAGCACUGGAGUGUGAGAGCAGCAGUAAUAUGAACUUUUAUGGUCAACUGGAGAGGUUUCACUCCUCCUAGCUUCCUGUGCGAGCAGUUAUCCCACAUGACAAAUAUGAACUGAACCUAAUUAGUUGUUUGUCUUGUUUUGCUUUUGCCCCCACCAUCUUUUUUUUUUUUUUGUUUGUUUUUUUUAAUCUCUCUCCAAAACAGACAAGAGCCAGCCAUUGUUUGUUUGUGACACAUAUUGUUUGCAUACUUUGAAUUUCAUCUGCAAAACCAACAGUUAACAUGUAUGUUGUUGUGUAGUGAAAGCUAUAUUUGCAUAUCUGUUUGUAUGUUAUUUCAUUAUACAGAGUUUUGAUACUGUAUCUCGUUGACAUGUGUGAAUUUUACCGGACUAGAGCCUUUUUGUCAGAUCGUAUCAGGUUUGACCGGCUUCUACCCUGAUGUGAUUGGUCAGUACAGGAGCUGUAGCUGUCGCUGGACAGCCUGAGGGAAGUUCUGGGGCUGCAACGAAAACAUAGAAAUGUCAAAGGUCACUUUCUGGGCAGGGGGGCUAAUUCCUAGAGCUGUUGGCGUGAGGCAGGAAUGUAAAGCUUUCCCUAUCAUAAGCGAUCUGUGGUGUUGUUCUCCACACUGACCACUGUAUUCUUCUUUAUUGAUUAUCAGAGUCAGCUCCAGUGUUGAUUGUUAUUACCUGGAAAUAUUCAGGGGUUGCCUAAUCAAGCUUAAAGCUUUAUCAAUUUCUAUGUGCCAUUUUGAAAAUUGUUCUCACGAAUUACUACAUCAAUUGUUUUGUUGUUUUUUUUUUUUUUUUUUCCUGUCCUCUUUUGGACUUGCUCUGGUCUGCAUUUUGAUUUUAUUUCAGUAAAAUGUAAACUUUAUCUCCCCUUUGCCCAUCUUCUCAAAUCUGAAUUCAGCAUUGUCUUUUUGUAAGAGGCACUUAUGUUUUUUAGUUUGAUUGUUAAAGAGAACUUAUUAUGCCUUACAGAGACCGUAUGUUAGGGCUAGGGAAAUAAUUUAUGUGUUGAAAAUGUAAAUAUUAUCUCCUUUUUUAAUGUAACAUGGCACUGUUCCAACCUGUUCCAGUGCAGCUGAGUGGUAGAGUGGUUGGUAUUAGUUUCAAUGCAGUGUGAGACAUGCACACAAACAGUGCACACAGGGCCAGCUGACUGUAUUACACCUAUUUUGGACUGAUGUGCUGUCAGGCUCCACUGCUCAAGUUUCUGCAGCCUAAAAAGAUGUCCCCCCCCACCCUCACCCCAACUUUUUUUUUUCCCCCCCUCCCUUUUCCGCAGGGCAUGCGCUCCUUGAGCGCUGGACCAAGAUUUGCUUAUCAGUCUGUGUUGGGCAGCAAUUAUCUCUUCUGUCAGAUCAUACUAUGCAGAGCCCCCUGGACAGCCAGUAAGAGGCCCUCAUCAUGUGCCCCCCCAAAGUGUUUAGAGACUGGCUAGCACUCAUUGCCUCUAUGGUUUACACUGUAGUGCUACUUUUUUUCAUUUUUUUUUUUCAUCAAAAUUAAGCAAGUUAGGAGUAUUUAUGAUUGUGAAUAAUAAGGGAAAGCUAGCAACACCACAAAGAAGCUGCUGUUAUUUUCUUAUUUUUGUUUUUCUCCAGUAGGCCUUCUUUGGAUGGCCGUUCCCUUGGUGUGUAAAAAUAAGUUUUUACGCUGAUCACAAUAAGAAUGGAACACUUGCUCUACCUCUUACUCCUUCACUAUAUUUGCCACCUUUUCACUGGGUGGGAUUGAUAAACUUGAACUAUGGAAAGACAAAAAAUAAAGGCUUUAUUGUUCAGUA